AUGCAUCAUUUUGAAGAAGGCCAGCGUGAUGACUUUUUUGAAAUUUAUGAGCGCUACAUUCCAGAGUCGUACCGCGGUGCUGAGGAGGCCCGGCAGAUGGAGUUUGUGCUUCAAGUAUAUUUUGCUGUCUUUCCCUCACUCCCCUACAGUGAGCGAAAACUUGGCACGGUCAAAACGUGUGGUGCCGUGGCAUAUGAUUUAGGGAAAGGACUGGUGGAGCUUCGUCUUUAUCUAGAGAACCGUGGUGUAGACACAGCUUGCAAGGAGGAGUUGCUACCUCUCUACGCAAUUCCAUUUGUUCAAGACCCGAGGCAACAUUCUAUUUUUAAGAAACUUUUUGAGCCAAGAUGGACCAUCGACCUUCGUGCGAAUCUCGAGAGAUUUAUCGCUCAAGCUUCAGAUGAGGUGCUUCCUCCACGAAUUUUGACAGUUCUUAAGCAAUAUAACGAUCUGGUGGCUAUUUCUUCUGUAAAAAGUGGAGAAUCGAUGAAACUCAAUGAGCGCGCUAGAGAACAAUCGGGAGCCAGUUUGUUAAUUGAAACAUUCAGUACCGUUGACUCGCACGCUUCUGCACCUGAUGAUGCUUGGAAAACAUUUACGACAACACGCGAGAAUGAACUAAAUUUGUUUUCUGAAAAUGAACCUGCCUCUUACUCGAUAGCUGCUCCCAUACACAUUAUCAGGAGGACGACACCUUUGUUGAAGGGCGAGAUAUCAAUGCACGAUUUAUGCCCUUCACUAGAGUUUUCGGGUACAGGUGCUGAGUACAACGCAACUAAUUCCAUAUGUACUCGGGGUGCUGGUUUAGACACAAUGGAGAAUCGCGUGGUCUCUAAGCCACCAAUCGUACUCCCAGAGGACAUCCAUGAAACUUUUCCAAACCGUAAAUGUCUAGUUGAGCACGCCACAAACAAUGCCGAGGAUGCCUACUCUGCAGAUAUUCUUCCUGAAGGCAUAAUGAACACGUCGAGCAUGGAGUGUUCGCCGUUUACUUCCAGGAAUGACGACCAUGAAGCUACCACCUCAACUACAGAGGAGAGAAGCCUGUCUCUGAUUGAGGACUCCAGGCACCAAAAUUUCAGCAACGACUCUGUUGAGCACCUCGGAGACUUUCAGCCAAAAGCGUAUGGGAGUAAUACCUCUGACAAAAUGAUAACCCCGUAUGAACUCGCUGUCCAGUUCUGUGAACUGGACUACGCCCAAAUUGUGUUGGACAUUCGUGCAAGCAUCGAACGACUCUUGAGUGACCCUGGAGACAAUCUCGCUAAGGAUCUUGUCAUCCGUAUACUGCAGGCACUCCGCUGGCGGAUCACACGCGUGUCACGAAGUCAAAACCGUAAGAUUGCUGUUCAGCUCCUCGUGAAAGGCGAUAUUUUUGCAAUCCACAACGCACAGAUAGAGAGCAGCCCAGAGAGUACACCUGGUAGCCUUAUUGACGCACUGCUGGUUGGUUGUGGCAAACGGGUGCAAAGGGAGUGUUUAAGCCUGAUCAAUGCGCUUGCUUCUAUCGGCCUAGGAAGGCAGUAUCUCUUGUUACCUGGCAGUCGUGUUGUUGCAGCGUUGUCUUCUGUCAUCAAUCCUGCAGAGCACACCGUUUGUAGUAGACACCAUCUCCUUGGCGCACUUCAAAAACUCAGCUUGCACGGCACUGCGGCGACUUUGAUGGCUUCUCUCGGUCUUAUGUCGUGGAUAUUGUGUUUGUUACAGCAGAAUUUCAGCACUGGAGUCCAAAUUGAUUUCCCCGGUGCCCUCUCUGAGAAUGAUGCCGAGCUUGGUGUGGGGUUGCUGAUGAACAUGUCCCUUACGUCAAUGGGUAAGCAAGUUGUUGAAGAAUCUUUGAAGAUGAUGGAAUAUUUAGAUAUUUCGGAGACGAGUGAGACAUCUGUCCUGCACGUGCUGAAGCAAGUACUGCAGAGCCCUAAUUCACAAGUUCGCGCGUAUGCAAAUGGGGCACUUUACAGCCUACUUCACUCUGAUUUUAUUCGGUCGAAAGCCCGAACUCUUGGGUUUCUUGGGAUGCUUGCUGAUCUUGCGAAGCACAGCGACGUCACGUUUGUGCGACAGAUUAACUUCGUCAUAGCCCUUCUUUACUCAAGUCAUCAAGCGCCAACGGAUAACAACGAUUCGCAAGAAAUUGGUUGCUCUGAGGUCUUCACAGGAUAUUCUAUCUCAGAUGCUGAAACGUUUGUUGACCUUACACAUGAAAGUGUGCACAGUUUUCUCAGGGAUGAGGUUACACUUUUUGAAUUGGGAUUGGAUACCCAAGUAAAGAACUCACUUGGCCACAGGGCUUAUGAUGGUAAAGUUGGCGAGGUACUAUUACGGGAGGACUACGCUUCACUGGAGGAUGAAAUACUGAACCCGUCAAAAUAUUCAGAGAUUAAGGAGACAGAUGUCAUCGCGUUCGGUUAUGAAACACUCAAUUAUGCCAGCGAACCUGAGUUGAUCACUUUUUCUUCUUUUGUUGGUCCGAACUUCUCGUCAGUGAAGUAGAAAAAAAAGUUAGCCUACCUUAUAUGAAAAAGUCGUGUCGAACUUCAAACUGAGCCAGAGCCAAAAUAUCUUACUCAUACUAUGUGUAAAUGUACCAGCGGUGUCAGGCGUAGAUAAUGCCCACCGAUGACGAUUCGUUAUACGCCUCUGAUUCGCAACUUCUUUAUUCGGGAAGGAAUAACAUGCACUUGGGAGAAAAAUGUACAUGCGCAAUCAAUUUGUUUUGUUCACGACCGCACAGAUAUAUUUUAUCUUAUCUCACGAGCUCUGCUGCUGUUACGUCAUUCGGUGAAGUGAAACAUCUGCGCAUGGUCGCCGGUGUGUGCAUCGAAGUCAUCAGAACUAUGGACCAGGUAUUCACAGAUAAGAACAGUGUACUUAAUGCCCAUAGUGGCCAAAAGUUACAAACUCCGGUGAACUCCAACGAGUAGGCAGUCACUAGCCAGCCGAUUUGAGUUGUAAACCAGCUGACUAUACACGUGCAUGUGAAUAUCGGCGAAUCAAUGCGGCGUUUUCGUCUUCUGCUCUGUGCUAUGCGGUUCGGCACGUCCUUACUAUUAACUGUACUACGAUUCGCCGAGUUCCAUUCUCCCAGGCACCGCAGAAUGUUAAUGUUUGGCACACAAAGAGGAAAUA